AUGAAUGAAUAAAUUCUUGUUCCUUUUUUUCCUUAUCAUUUUAAUGCAAUAUUGCCAUAUAGAGUGGUUUAUUACACAUAAGUGAUGAAGAGCUUUCCAGAAUAUAAGAAUAUUUCAAUAUAAUAGACUGAGAACAAAGAGAGUGUAAAGAAGGAAGAAUUCAUAGAAUGUUAGAAAACAGAGAAAUGCAACCUAAAAAUUGAGGUAACUGAAAUGAGUAAUUAUUGUCAUAUGUUUCCUGGUCAGACUAAAAAUUACUAUAAAAAUAUUGGUUAAAAAAUAAAGAAGUUCAUAUACACAUAGUUUUCAGAAUUCAGUUAGAUCAUGUCGGAUUUAGCUAUUAGAAAGUUUUUAAAAAUUGAAAGUUAGAAGUAUAAUAGAAAUUCCAUUUAGAAAUUAAUGAAAUCAUAGAAGGGUCGAAAAAUUUGUAGAUUAUUUUUUGCUUAAUUUAAAUGGGUCAAGCCAUUUCUUACUUAAAAUAAGACAGAUUUAGAUUUGUAUUUUCGAUAUAAUAGAACAUUGUGUAUUAAAAAGGAAAAGAAAUAAAAGAAAAUAAAGAGUAAAGAGUUUAUGAUGAAGGAAGAAAUAUGA